AUGUCGCAACACUUGAGCUCCGCCCAUCUGAUUUCCGCACACGUCACCCUGCAAUGGCUACUGGAGCGAAUCACGCAGGCGCAGUACUGGCGGGAGAUCAGCGUUGGCAACGGCAAUGGUGCUACUACAAACAAUUCCAAUCCAAUGGUGGAGAAAAACUCUACCCAGCACACUAACGGCCAUGAUCCGACGACCAAGAUGAUUAGCACUCAGGAUCCAGUGCCUAUCUCGGCCAAAACUACUAUGACCAGCCCAAAAAUUUCAAGAUCGAAUGGUAACGGUGUGGCGGUGGAACCAACCGCUGAUAGGAAUGGCCACUGUGGUCACUUUUUUAAGGCUGACUCCGUUGACAGCUUUGACUCAGUUGACCAAGAUGACGGAGGGAAGCAGCCAGCUGUCAUGUCAGUGGCGUCCAUGAUGUUGGAUGCUCAGGCUGACCUGCUUGACUCCCUUGAACGCCCCGAGAUACUGAGUAUCAUCGACGGCGUGACACCAUCGCCAGUGGAGCGACCCAAAGUGGUGGUGGAGCUGGGGGCGGGCAUUGGCCGCUUCACUGCUGACCUGGCACGCAGAGCCACGUGGCUCACUGCCCUUGACUUCCUGCCACACGCCCUUGCUGCGAAUGUGCAAGCACAUGCACGCCAGCACCCCAACGUGGACUUCGUCUGUGCUGACGUGGCAGAUGCCACGUCAGCUGCUCUGCUGACUAGGCUGGCGCCUGACCUGGUGUUCUCCAAUUGGCUGCUCAUGUACCUCUCGGACUCUGAGGCCUUCUCUGAAGCUCAUUGUCCAAUCCACCAGAGCCAGAGCCAGCCGCAGCAGCAGUAUGAGGAGCAGGAUGAGGGAGGGGAGUGGAGGUUCAGGCUGAGGGAGAUGAGGAGCGUUGCAGCAUACUCUCAUGUGAAGGGGUGCCAGACGCAGGUGUGCUGGGUGUGGCAGAAGGUGCAGCACACUACACAGAGCAAGAGGCUGGAGCGAGAGGGAGCACUGGUCGGGGAGGAGAGCAGAGUGGGCAAGACGAGAGAAGGGAAGGAGAGGGAGGAGCAGCAGCAGUACAGCCUGGAGGGCAUUCUUUGCUACGAACACAUCUACGGGCGUGGUUUUGUCAGCACUGGCGGCCGUGCUUCGACGCUCGCUCUCCUGCCGCUGCUCUCUCUCACCCCCGAGAAACGAGUGCUGGAUGUGGGGUGUGGGCUGGGGGGAAGUGCGCUGCUCAUGGCUGAGACCUAUGGCGCUAGCGUGCAUGCCAUCGACGUCUCCCCCACCAUGGUACAGUUGUUCUUUCCACAUUGCUCUUACCUCCCCCAUCUUCCCCCCCCUCCUCCCCUCGCCCUCCUCUCUCUAUCUCAACAUGCACCCUACCCCACACCGAUCUUUCACUCCCACCCGCUCAACCAGGUCUCUCUCGCCAUCGAGCGAUCCCGCAAGAUCCGUGCAGCCGAUGCCACAUCAGCACCCACGUCCGCACUCGUGUCAGCGUCCGUGCCCAUGUUGCAGUUCGAAGUGGCCGACUGCCUGACCAGAAACUUCCCCCAUGCUUCCUUCGACUGCAUCUACACCCGCGACACGCUGCUGCACAUCCAGGACAAGCCUUUCCUGUUCUCCCGCUUCCACCGCUGGCUGAAACCGGGCGGCAGAGUGCUGAUCACAGACUACUGUAGCGGAAAGGACAAAGUGGAGGAGUGGUCUGAGGAGUUCAGGGGUUACGUGGCGCAACGGGGUUACCACCUGGUCACCAUUAGGCGCUACAGUGAAAUGCUACAGGCAGAUGGUUUCCACGUACUCAAGGCCAUGAACCGAUGUGCACACUUUUCUGCACUUCUCCACUUCUGCACACCUCCACUGCCGCCUCAGUCCUGUUCACAUGUGCGCACUCUUUCUGGUCCUCUGCCCUGGCAGAUGCUCCAGGCAGCUGGUUUCCACGUACUCAAGGCCGAGAACCGAUCCCACCAGGUGAGAUGA